AUGAUUCAUUUGGUAUCAUGUUCAACUAGUUCGGAUAUGUGGGAAAAAUUAGUCACAGUAAAUGAACCAAAAUCUAAGGUUACCGUCCACUUAACCCUUCAAAGGUUUUACAAUCUCCCAUUCGAAGGACCCGUUACUGUAUUUAUCUCCAAACUAGAUGAACUAACGCACAACAUAAAGAGUGUGGGUGAGCAAAUAUCAGAGUCGAUGAUAAUCACCAAAAUAUUAAUGUCAUUACCGCCUAAAUAUAAACAUUUAAUAUCAGUAUUUGAAUCAGUUCAGGAACCAACGCUUAGACAAUUGCCAUCAAGAUUAAUGAUUGAAGAAGAAAGAAGUAAGAGUGAGUAUGAGGAGAAAUCAAUAGCUUUCAUUGGUGCAAGAAGACAACCUGGUGCUCUCACGAGAGACAGGAAGGAGCACAAAGAUGGAUUGGAGCCCGAGAACGACCCAGUCACCCAUCUACUUCUCCUGCAUUUAUAA